CCCACCUCUAUAUAACCCUUCAUUUUGCCACCAAGUUUAUGUGUAACAUAACAAUCUAGGUAACAUACAUAUAGAGAGAUAUAUAUCGAUGGGAGAAAGUAAGCCAUUUUUGGCGGUUCUUGUCAUACAAGUAAUUUAUGCCGGAUAUUUCUUGCUCACGAAGCUUGCAUUCGACGUGGGAAUGAACACUUUUGUGUUCGUUUUCUACAGACAAGCAAGUGCAACUCUUUUUUUAGCCCCUAUUGCCAUCUUCAUGGAACGGAAAAGUGCUCCACCAUUGUCGUUCUCGAUCUUCAUCAAGAUUUUCAUGCUUAGUCUAUUUGGGAUUACAAUGAGCUUAGACAUUGUUGGUGUAGGUUUGAAGUACACAUCAGCAUCAUUGGGGGCUGCAACUUCCAAUACCCUUCCUGUUAUAACUUUUUUUCUUGCAGUUUUACUAAGGAUGGAGAGAGUGAACAUAAGUAGAAGCCCUGGAAUAUUGAAGGUGUGUGGGGUGGUACUCUGCAUGGGGGGCGUGGCGACAAUUGCCUUUUUUAGGGGCCCCUUUUUGAAAAUAUUGGUGCACCAUCACUUAGUACACAAUCACCUCACACUUGAGAGCCGUGCAAUCCCUUCACCCAAUGCUUGGAUAAUGGGCGUCUUUCUCAUGCUCCUUGCUAACUUAUUUUGGGCCUUGUGGCUAGUUUUACAGGGCCGAGUGCUAAAACACUACCCUUCAAAGCUGUUGUUGACAACUCUGCAGUGCCUUUUAAGCACAAUUCAGUCAUUCAUAAUUGCGGGAAUUGUGGUGACGGGUGUUACAUUUUACCUUCAAACAUGGGUUGUUGAGAAGAAAGGUCCGGUUUUCCUAGCCAUGACAACUCCACUAAUCAUGGUGUUCACAAUCGUUCUAUCGGCUUUCAUCUUGGGAGAGAUUAUUAGUUUCGGAAGUGUUUUGGGAGCAAUUAUUCUAGUGGGAGGGCUCUAUUUUGUGUUGUGGGGAAAGACUAAGGAGGCAAAAAGAGCAAAUUUAGAAAGCCAAUGUUCUCUUGGUGAUGCUGAGAAAGCAUGGGGAGGAUCAAAUGAAGAGAUUGAUAAUUGA